GGAGAUAUUGGUGAGGUGGCCAUUCGGCCUCAUCAUGGAAUUACUGUGACAACGGUUAUAAGAGUGAUAACGGUCACAAGAAGGAGAAAUUUGGGGGCGAUUCCGUUGAUUGGAAAAGAGCCGUUUUUCAACGGAUCUAUUGGCUCUAUAAAAGAGUUGGAAAAUAUACGAAGUUAAUCAACAAGUUGGAGCCCCAAAAAUCUUGCGCUAUCUCCUUUUUGACUCUUCUCUUCUGUCUCCAUAGUACAACAUCAAAUUUACCAAAAAGUAAAAUAGGAAUGCCUUUUCUGUUUACUGUUGGUAACUAAUUAGGUAGUCCGGUUGGAAUCUGCUGCGUUUCGUCCUUCUCUGACUGUGUUUCUCUUCCCCCUACCGAUAUCCGAUAUCCUCGUUUGGAAGUAAAGCUGAAGCUGCGCAUUGAAAGGGGACAUCUCCGACGCAGGAAAUCGGGGUAGAGGGGGGUAUAGUUGUUCUUCAAGAUCUUCAGCUUCAGAGAAGCGAAACAGAGAUCAAGAAGAUAUGAUGGAAUGAAGUCCAAGUGGAAGAACAAUAAAACCCUGAAGAGAGAUGGCUAGGGGAGAAGGCAGAGUGAAGUGGUGUUCUUACAAGCGAACCACUGUUGUCAUCUGCUCCAUCAACAUCGUGGCUGCUCUUUACAUUCUCCACUCUCUCUACACUUCUCUCUAUAUCUACUCCAAUAAUGCCGAUUCCAACGCUGGUAAAUUUACUGAAGAUCAGAUAAAGAGAAUGGAGGAUUCGAUUCGGGUUCGGAAGGCAUCAGAACCCACAGAACUUGUCAGAUUGGUGAAGGAAAUUAAAGGAGAUUUUUCCAGAGGAAACAGUCCACCAGAAUUGUCUCGGCUUGUGAAGCAGAUAGUAACUAAAGAGAUUCUACAGAAGUUGAAAGGGCUGAAUGCUAAUGCAAAUGUGAGUGAACAGAGAGAAGCAGUGGAGAGCUGGCGCCAGGAAAAACUACGAGAGGUCAAACAAUUAACACUUGGACAGACAACCUUGAAUUCAACCAUUCCAGCCGAAGAAGCAAAGAAGCUUUUAAUAGCCUUGGAGUCUGAUUGGAUUGUGCUACUUGAAGAAAUUGGCCUUUGGAUGCCAGCUGAAAUCGUCCAGAAGGAACAUUAUGAUAAAUCUGAGAGGGAGCUUGAACUUGAGGAUCAAAUUAUACCUGGCCGGCCAAUUCCACCGGAAUGCAAUGCCGAGAUUCAUACGGAUUAUGAUGGGACUGCUGUCAGAUGGGGUCUUACCCACCCUAAGGAAAGUGCUGCUGACUGUUGUCAGGCCUGCUUGGAUCAGGCUAAACAUGCGAAGCUGGGUGAAUUGAAAUGCAAUAUAUGGGUUUAUUGCCCUUCUGAGACAGGGUGCUAUUCGCCAGAUAUUUAUGAACACAAGCAUCAGGAGUGCUGGCUGAAACAUGCAGAGAAGCCUCGAUUGAACUUCAAAGACAAGUACUCAGAAUCUUAUAGGGAUUCCCACCCAACUGCACCAGUAAUUGUUCCUUGGAUAUCUGGUGUUGCUAGCACAUGACAAGGGUUUGCACCAGGAGGUUGGCUCACUGGGUAGAAAAAAAUCCUGCUGUCAUGUAAACUACAAUACCAACACCCUGGGUCCAGCUCUGAAAAGGAACAGCUGGUCUGCCAUUGCUGGAGAGGGGGGGGGUUAAUUUUCUAGUCUUAAGUUCUUGUUUAUUUAUUUUACAGUCAUUUUUGUAUGAUGUAACAUAGGUUCUGAUCUGGGUGCCAAGACUUUCAAAGUUCAGUCUCACAGCACUUGGGGAGUAUUGAUUAGUGAAAUCUAUUAAAAGCUCAUUGAUGGGUGCAACCAGUGAUUACGGAUUCAUUGUAAUGUGGAUAUUAUGAUUUAUUGGGAUUUUUCCAUUUCUCUCGUAAGGCAACAUCUUGGCUUUUAGGACUGAACCUCUAAAUUCUGUGUGAAAAUCUCUCCAAACAGAUCAGUACCAUUGUAUUUUAUUUGAUUUUUUCUGUAUCCGCUUGAACACAAAAGCUCCAAACAAGUGCAGUGUAUACGGGUUACUUUUGAAGGAACUUGUGAGGAAGCUGACCUGUUCUGAAACUUACUGAAAACCUGAAUAUGGACAUGUAUCAGAUGGUUACAAAUUACAUGGGUUUAUGUUUGGAGGUCUGUUAUUAUUA